ACUGUAUAUACACACACGCAUACUUCUCUCCCUCAGCCCUUCCCCUCAACUCCUCCUCCAGUUCCCUUUCCCUUGACAAUCAGCUGCCAGGAGAAGCCACCAAUCCGUCCACUUUACAACUAUUCUGCUUUACCAGGCUGGGAGGACUUGGCAUGGAGAACCCUGACAUGAGGAUUUAUAUUACUAGGACCAACUAGAUCUACUGUGUGAAAAAGGAAAGGAACGCAGCACUCAGCGAAGCAAUUCAGGAGGAAGCAGAGAGAGAGCAGAAGACUGAGCCUGCAGAAAACAGCAAAGAACAUACUUUUGCUGUCAUGGGGGACCUAGGAGAAAGACGAUCAACUUUAGUUUCUAGGCUACCAAUUUUUAGAAGAAGUGUUGGCCGAAGACAAGACUCUCUCCCUUCUUCACCGUCAUCAAGCAAUACCGUUGGCCUGCACAGUUCCUCACCUUCUAGUACAAAUUCUAGCUCAGGUAGUACGGGAAAACGUAAAAGUAUAUUUCGUACUCCAUCUUUGAAUUUUCGCCAUAGAAAGGAUAAAGACCAGCAAUUUGAACCCACCAUCCAAACUUCAACUGUUUCCAAUGGUGCUCAGUCACCUCACAAUAUACAAAACCAAGAAUUGAAAGAACAAAGUAAAGCCAAAGGAAGAAGUUCUAUUGGUCUACCCGGUUCAUGUAGAAGAAAAAUUACCAGGUCUCAUACUGAGGACUUUGAAAAGAGGAAGGGAAAUUCCAAGUAUGUAUUCUCAAACUGUUUAGGAAAAAAUGACGGAGAUGACUCAGGAUUUGUAGAGGAACAAAGAAAGCCCUCCAUUAAACAUUCCACUAGAAAGCUACUUCCAAGGUCCUUUUCUUCCCACUACAGGUUUUCCAAAACAGUAUCUCAGUGCCAAUCACCAUCAUUACCACAUAAUUCACAAUGUUCUCAGCAGUGUAUAGACAACGAAUCUUCAGAUGUAAGGCCAGUGUUAUCUUCUACUGCAGAGAUUACAGAAGAUACUGAACAUUCGUUACCUUCACCUCUUGUUUCUACGGAUCAUACAACUGCACCCCAAACUCCGUCAGACUUUAUUUUUAUGGAUGAUUCGACCUCUGAAGCUGAUUCCCUGCCAAACAGUAUAAAUCAACCAACACAUUUUUGUCAUACUGUAUCUACCUCAGAAACUUUUUAUACUCCAAAAAUGGCUGCUACACAAAGGGGUAAAUCAAGCGAAUCUGAGCAAAAAUCCACCCAGUGUGGAGACACGCCUAUUAGGAACCGCAGACUUGAGACAAGUAUGGAUAGGCCAGGUUCGAACCUGUCUCUGAGUUGCACUACAUCAUAUCAAUCAAAAGCGUUAUUACCAAUUUCUGAAUUAACCACAAAUGAUGUUAACGGCAUUGAAAAAGAUGUAGCGGAACAUCAUAUACACACACCAGCGUUUCAUUCACUUUCUGCUGAAAACUUUACAAAUAAAUGUGAACCAGCAGUAGAUCAAUGUGAAGUAACGCCUGCAAGGUUGAAAUCACAUCGAUCUGUUUCGGAAUCAAAAAGCAUCUAUUCAUCUGAGCCUCAGUCAUCUUUUAUGCAAUAUGGCUAUACUAGAGUUAACCACGCCAGCAGUCCCUACCGAGAUGGAAAGUAUACAGAAAGGCGUCUGAGGUCGUCUUCUGAAGGUACUGCAGGCAGCAGCAGAAUGGCUUUUAAACCAAAGGAGGGAAACAUGGACGAAUCCAACAGUUUAAGGAAACAGAGAACAAAUUCAACAUCCUCCAAAAUGAAUAGUAUGGAUGUGUUGAAUAAUUUGGGCUCCUGUGAAUUGGACGAAGAUGACCUCAUGCUUGACUUGGAGUUUACAGAAGAGCAACACCUUAGACGAGUUUGUCGAGAGGAUUCAUACCAAUCUAUAGUGUCUUGCUCAGCAGUGGUUCUCUCUCAUGUGGAACAAACAGAAACAAUUAAAACUAAAGAAGAAGAACGGAAAAUGACUGAAACAGCAAAAAAAAACCUUUUUCUACAUUUGUCAAAAGAGAGCGAUCAGGAAGAUGUUAAGAGCCCUUGUGUCUGCCAAGUGCCCUCCAGCCCAUCUGUGGAAUGGCCUUUUGCACAGGAAGAGAGCACAGGCCUGGAAUCCUUACCUUUCAGACUGAUGAUACAGGACUGCACAUCUGUAAAGACCUUGCUGCUCAAAAUGAAGAGAACUUUGCAGGAGAGUGCAGAUAUGAGCCCAGCAAGUAGCACCAAUUCACUUCCUCUAAGUCCCAUGACAGAAAGGAACUUUCCUUUUAAGGAUAUAAUGAAAGAUGAAUGCUCUAUGCUGAAGCUACAGCUUAAAGAACGAGAUGAACUUAUUUUGCAGCUGCAAGAAGAGUUGAAAAAAGCUCAAAGUUUACAGUUACCAAAUAUCUCUACACAAGAUAAAGGCACCCAGACUGAAUUUGCAAGCCAUGAUGAAAAGAACACCUGCAGAUCCAAUCAAAAGGUCAGGGCAGCUAGUGACAGCUUUAGCCAAUCAGGAGGAUUGACAGCUGCACACAUCACUCCAAGUCCAGAAGAACUCUACAAGUACAGAAGGCUCCAUUUAUAAAGCUAUCCGACCUGUUCAUUGUUACCAGCAUUAUCAAUUUAAAACCAACAUCUGGACACAAGACGCUUUGCACUAAUGUAUUCAAUUACGUUUCAUUAAAACAUAAUAAGCUCUUUUUUCCCAAACAAUCAAUGUAUUUAAGAAUGGACCUGCUAAAUUGCAGUUUUACAUUAUUAAGAAGGAAAAGAAAAAAAAAAAAAACUUUUUUUGACAUUGGUGUACAGAUAUAUUUUCAUUGCAGGGGCUUUAUAAGGGUUUAUUUCUCCUUCUGAGAGAUACAUUUUUUUUAUAUAAUAAUUUUAAACAAACAAAAAUACAAUUAAGGUCCAGGUACUUGGUCCUGAAGACAGCACACAGUUUUGAAAUGACCUUUCUUUUUGAAUUUUAUUAAAUAUUUAUGUCAGUCAUCUUGCAACAGUGAAAAAUGCACUGUGCUGUCAGAUCUAAUUUUAUGUAAUUAUUUUUUAAAAUAUUUCUCUUCUGUUUAUUUCUGUAAUCUGAAAAAUAUGUUGUACAAUUCAAUUGAUAACUUAUUCCAUUAAACAUUUAAAUUUGUAAACUUUAA